GCGGGACAUGCUCAGUGCGAGCGGCGGGCCCCGCCUCCGCCUGACCCGGAUACAGACGGCGCUGCCUCCCCGCCGGCCCACUGGGGAGCGUGGAGCCGGACUGGAACCGCCGCAGCAGCGGAGGGAACGGAGCGGUGCGCCCCGGCGGCGCCAUGGGGCUGUAGUAAGCGCCCAGUACUGCUGUCCGCCUGCCCUGCUGUGCCCCCCUGCCCUGCGGCCAUGGCCCCUAUGGGGAUCCGCCUCUCGCCGCUCGGCAUGGCCGUGUUUUGCUUGCUGGGGCUGGGCGUUCUCUACCAUCUCUACUCUGGCUUCUUGGCCGGCCGCUUCGCCUUCUUCAUGCUAAGCGAGCCGGCGGCCGGUGGGCCCGAGACCCCGCAUGGCUCCGCACCCGCCGGUGCCGUGGACCUGCGGGAGCUGCUGGCCGUGUCCGUCCUGGCCGCCGUCAGGGGCGGGGAGGAGGUGAAGCGGGUCCGGGAGGGCAACGUCCUCAACGCCAAGGCGAAGGGGAAGACGCGGGAGGGGGCCGAGGAGCAGCUGACGAGCGGCGACCUCCUCUCCAACCGCAGGAUGUUCUACCUGCUGAAGGGCGCCUUCCCCGCCGUGCAGAUAAACUCUGAAGAACGUGUUGAUACAGCUGAUCAGGAGACGGUAUCUUGGGAUCGCAGUAUUCCUGAAGACAUAAAGCAAAAAAUACAGCCUAAAGAGGUUCCAGCAGAAAGUGUAACUGUCUGGAUUGAUCCAUUAGAUGCUACACAAGAAUACACAGAGAACCUUCGACAGUACGUCACAACAAUGGUUUGUGUGGCUGUAAAUGGUAAACCAGUAAUAGGAGUGAUACACAAGCCGUUCUCAGCAUAUACAGCCUGGGCAAUGGUGGACGGUGGGUCAAACGUAAAAGCUCGUUCCUCCUACAAUGAGAAAAAUCCAAGGAUUAUUGUAUCCCGCUCCCAUGCAGGAAAAGUUGAGCAGGUUGCAAAGCAGACAUUUGGAAAUAAGACUGUGAUAAUCCCUGCUGGUGGAGCAGGUUAUAAAGUGUUGUCCCUCCUUGACGUGGCUGAAAAGAAUCAGGAAGAAGCUGAUGUAUAUAUCCAUGUCACCUACAUUAAGAAAUGGGACAUAUGUGCUGGCAAUGCAGUGUUGAGAGCACUGGGUGGCCAUAUGACUACCUUGACUGGUGAAGAAAUUAGUUACACUGGUUCAGAUGGCAAUGAGGGAGGACUUAUAGCCAGUAUCAACAUGAACCAUAAAGCACUAAUUGAAAAACUUCCAGAUCUGGAAAAAACAUCACAUAAAUAAACUGAUGGAGAAGUACAAAUCAUGCUUUUGUAGCCUUCGGAUGCUCUCUCUGAAGAAGCAGGUGUGAAAACCUGCUGGUAAAGGUGCACGGCAAAGCAGUUUGGUGUGGGUUUGGGGACUGUAUCAUGCAUUGGGUUUCUUCAGUGGUGGUAUUUAAAAAGGAAUAAAAUAAUAAUAAUAAUCAGAAGUAGGAAGGGGACUGACUGCCUCACACCUCAGUUUCCAUGUUUUCUUUUUUUCUGAUUCUUUUCAUGCAGUUCUUGUACUCAAGGUGCAUAUACAGUAUCUAUUUGUGAACAUAGGUAAACUAAAGAAAAAUCCAAAUCGAUUCAUAAAAUAACCUUAAUAGUUCUCACAGGAAUUUCUUUGAACCUUUUGCAUCUUGGUACUGUAGUUGUAGCAACUCCAUAAUGAAUUAGGUAGGAAAAAAAACAUUGAUUUGUUUAGUCAUCUGAUAACUCUGUUAAGAAUUUAGCAGGAAACGACAUUGUGUUCUGUAUCCCCUGGACAGAAAGCACAAGAUUUACACAGAUUUAUAUGCAGCAACAGUUUAUCUUUGACAGUGUGGCACUCCUUCUGCUUUUUAAGAGAAAAAAGGAAAUGUUCUGUACUAUUUUGACUUUUUUCCUGAAGAUGUAAACCAGCUUAGUUUGGAUGGGUUGUGAAUAUCAGUGUUUUAUUAAUCAGUGUAAUUAUUUCCAUUUAGCUUUCUAAAAGAAGGCGACAUUUCCUUGUAUAGUUUUUAAAAGUUACUUCUUGUCCUUGAUUUCUGCGUAUGGUGUUGAAGAUGCAUGCUAGACUUUUCUCUAACAUAGGACUCGUUCAUCAUUUGGUGUUUGUGCCUACAGAAGCAGCCUCUUCUUUCAGUACCUGUUUUUUUUGUUUGUUGUUUUUGGUUCUGUUCUGUUUUCCAUUGGAGAGAGUCAUAUGGAAUGAGUGUAACAGAAAUAGUAAGUUGAUUGGUUGUUUCUAUUUACGACAUGAGAUAUAAGCUAGCAAUUUUUCUGCAAGCCCGGAAAUAUCUUUCUGUCUUUCUAAGUUAAGGCAUGCUCUUAGCAGAAAGGUCUUUACAUGGAGAGAGUCCAUUUAAACUUGAAUCUGUUCGAACAAGCAUGAAGAACUUGUGGCGCUUGAAGUACAGCAGGGUCUGCAAAACUUUACUGAAAAAUGUCCUUUGUCAAUCCAGUAAACGCAGAGCAGGACAUGGGCCUUUUGAUAUCAAAUGGUGAUUUGUUGCACCUCUAAAAUAUGUGGACUUCUGUCUGCAAUAGUGUAGCUACCUGUGUUGUUCUCUGCACCCCUCCAAAGGGUUUCAGAAAGUUAAAAUGUAGCUGUUAUUUGAACUAUUGCUACAUAAGCUUCUCAUCUCUCCUCAAGAAAGCUAAAAUACUUACUUAAUACAGAUGUUUUAUGUUCGAAGUUUAUUCAGUAUAAGCUUAGGCUGUUUAAAACAAAUUCUGAAUUACUUUCAUUUUAACUUCUUUCAUCAUGCUACUGUUCUAAGAACAGGUUUUUUUCCUGAUGUCAGUAGUGGAGCAUGUCUAGAUACCUCUUUUAACUUCUAGCUUAACAUUCACAUUUCCAAAAGAACUCCUCAGUUGUUGCAUAACUACAGAUGCAGACUCUUAUUUGGUAAACUUACUGGCAAAGUAGAUUGAGGCUUAGUCCUACUAGCCUUUUGAUACGGGUAGGUUUUUUAGAUAAUUGUUUUUCCAAAAUUGACGCUAUUGCUGCUAUUGUUCAAAAGUAGCUUUUGCAGAAGUAGAAUAUACACAAAGCAACUUAACUGCCAAUUUGUAAAUGUAAUAAACUAUUACAUGCUAUGACAAGCAUGUGAAUGUGCCCUUUUUAAAAAGGGUCUGAUCUGUUUUGAAAAACUUGAUCUUCCAAACCUCAGUGAAGAAAAAAAAAUCCAGAUAUUUAUUAAGACUUCAGUAAUAUUUUACAAAAAGACUGCAGCUUUUUUUUCAGGCUGAUUAAAAUGACUUAAAGCUAAUAAAAAAAAAAAAAAAGCAGCUCUUUUGUUUAUUACAGAGUGUGGAUUAAAAUGAUCAAAAUUAAAAUAUGAGGAAUAAUCAUAGUUAGUCUGGCAUAUAAACUUAACUGUGUCACAGAGGUUGAAUGCACAAUAUUUAAAUAGGCAAUUAAGAUAAAGUCUGUGGCAGGUUGUGGUUUUAGAUUCAGGCUGAAAUAAUGGUUAAACUUACCUUCUGAAAAUGUGACUGCUUUUAUUCUGGGGAUGAUUCUAUCGCUUUCUUGCAUAAGCUGUGAUCAGACAGCUUCUGUAUGAGAAAUGGAAAACAAGAUAUUGUUGUGUAUUGUACAAGGGCUUACUUGCCUUCUGAGUUGGAGGUAUAAAGCAGUAAAUAGAAGCAUUUGCCUAAAUUAUUUUUCCUUAGGAAGAUAAGGUACGAAGAAGAGCUUGAGUCCUCCUUUCCUUCCUCCCAUGUGCUGGGUAAAAUACCUUUUCUUCUAUUAGGAAGACAGGUGCUUGUUUAGACAUCUUUAUAUCCUAUAAUGCUUUGUUGCAAUGGGCCUCAGUGUUCAACACCUUUCACAGUGGACCCUUAUUGGCCCAACCUCAUUUCUUGUCAAAAUGCAGAAAAGGUGAGAGUGAGGCACCCAGUUAAUUACUUCGGAUACAGCCUGAGUUUGUACAGCUUUCCCGUAGCUGAGGCCUAAGGUGGUGUUUAAAGUGUCUAGUUUAAAGAGGAGCUGCUCUGAUACGAGAAUAGGUAAGCACCUGGUGAAUAUCAGUUUCUGAUAUAAUUUUACAGUAAAUACAACCCUUAUGCAGACCAGCAAGUAUUAAAAAGUGUUUGCUUAGUGCACAUGUGCCAGUGUACUUCGAUAUCUGUGUGUAUAAUGUUAACACUCAGUAUAUCCCAUUUCUUUGACUGUGUUUACACUCCAUGAUAGAACAUUUUGCUAUUCUGGCUGGAAUACUUGUUUGGCCUCAGCUGCAUGGAUGUGACUUACGCUUAUUCCCAUCCUGGUAAGAAAUAAUAAUGUACAUGUGUCUUACUGCUGGGCUCGAAAUUUGUUCUUUACGUUCUAGCCUUUCCCACUUAAACUGUCAUACCAUUUUUAGGGACACUACUUAAAAAAAUUGUAGAGUGUAGGUAAUUCCUACAGAAGUAUAUAUUUUCUAAGAAUUUUAAUUAAAAAAAUUCACAAUAUAAUUUUUCCUCCAAACAAGGGAAGAGAAUGUAUUGUUUUUCCAAUGGUGAAUUUUUUUGUUUGAGUGGCUUUUAUGAUUAAGGUAAUUGCAAGUGAAAUUGUUAUAAAGCCAUGUGUAUUUUCUCUUUUUUUCAUUCUGCUAAAAAGAGUGGAAGGUAGCAUGGAUGAUACCUAGUACUGUAUCAAGAGUCCUAACUUGCAUUCCUUGGAUGAAUGUUUUCAAAAUAAAUGGACAAAGAAGUAAAUGGGUUUGAAUAUUGUUACCGAUACUGAGUUUAACCUAUUUGCCAGAUGUGUACAGAUGGAUUUAUAUAUGUUGAUUUCUCUGAUCUACAGAGCAUGUAAUAAUAAUUGAUAUAGCCAAGAUAGCUUACUCAGAUGGUGAAUUAAGCAUACAGGUGAAGCUGAGAAGUCAUCUAGUGAUGUUGUUUCAUAGGCUUGGUUUAGAGUAGACAAGAUUUUCUAAUUGGCUUCAGGUGUGAGGACAGAGUGGUUUGUGGUUGGUUUGGUUUGUGUGUGUUGUUUUGUUUGUUUGUUUUGGGCUUGUUUUGUUUUUUAAUACACAGUGGUUGGAUAUUGGAGGUAUGUAGGGAAGCCAGCACUGCAGUUCAUCACUGGUUUUUGGUUUAUAAACAAAUGUACCCCAACAUCUUUUCAGCAUCAUGUUACCUGUUGGAGCCGUACAGCAGCUGUGCAAUACUGUGUCCUCCUGGUUUAACAGUGUAAAACGUGGGGUCCGCACCCCCCAGGAACAGCGCAAUGAGAAGGGACCGACCUUCAUGCUGGGCCUCUUGUCUGUUCUGCCAGCUGAGACUGGCUGCUGUGCUGUCUCGUGGGUGUCGUUUCAAUUGCAGUUUCUCUGGUGGCCAAACUGCUUUUGUAGGCUGUCUCCCUGGUUAUGCCCAACCCCUUCAUGGAUCUGUUUUCUAAAGUAAACUGGAGAAGUGGAGAGGAAAGACGCAGAUGUGUGUGCUGGAGAAGUUGGGACAGAGAACGCUUAUUUCCAUUUCUUGAUUUAAAUUACAUUGAUAGUUUCAUUUCUCUCAUUCUUCAGGGUUAGAUAAGUUAAGAUUUAAUGGACCACAGAUAAAUGCCUCCAUGAUUUUAAGCCCAAACAGGAUGAGGGUGGGGGAGACUACUUCGGGCAAGGAGAGUCUGAGUGGGGGGCUUCCUGUCAGGCCAUUCACGCUGAGCUUUGUUGUAGAGGAUUAGGCCCUUUCACACAAACAAUUACAGAUUUCACUUUGCCAAAAUGUCAUUCAUAGUCAGUCUUCUGACCUGCUAUCCUCAAUGAUAAAUCCAUGCUUUAUCCAAUUCACUGGAAUGGAACUUGCUGAGACAAGACUGUGGUAACUCUGAAGACUCAAAGAUUGCUUGGCUUGCUCUGCAGCUUCUGUCUGGCAGCUGUUACAGUGAAGUGUGAACACCUGCUGCCAGUGACUUCCCACCUCACAAGCAGCUUGUGCCACUCACAGGUCGUAUCAAGAAGCUGUUGAAGCCUUAUAUUCUGUGGUUUUCAGAUGCCUCACCAGCUCUUUCAGCUCUUAUGAGAGAGGUUCACAAGUGUUCGGACAGUUUCCCUCUGAGGCUCCUUCUGGAGACAGCAAUUGGCAGCCACUUUUCCCUCUUUGCUGUGCCUCAUCUCUUUUUUCUACCUUAGUCCACAUGGACAAGAUAAACAGAAGAUCAGAGGUGGAAACAGUCCCAGAAUGAGAGGGCCACAGCAGCGAAUCAUCCAGUUUAUUCUCAAGCUGUUAGUGUUUGGGACCAAAGUCUAAUGUGCUGAUCCUACCAAAAGUGGGACAGAUGCCAACGAAAUAAAGGCAUCUUGAAGAAAGGUUUGUGUAAUUGGUGGUACUGAACAUGCAGAAAAGAUGCAAAUGGACUAAGAGGAAGUUAAACUGUCUUAAAAAAGGAAAAGAAAACAGCUUCUCAGUGUCAUGUUACAAGCAUUUGGCAUUUCUGUUCCUCUGGGUGCAGAGCCUUGUUGCUUAUGAAAGAGGCUCCAUUGGCCCUCUGUGAAAGACCUGAUUUUGUUGCAGUCAGUAGCAGCAUUCCCACUGAAUUCAGUGUGAGCAGAAGCAAGCCAGAUAAAACAUGAAAAGUAAAUUAAGAGGAGUUCUGAAGAGCUCAGCUUCUGCCAAUAGAGCAAACAACCUGGGUUGUGUUAAACUCGCCUCUGGCAGCUUCAGUCUGUGUUACUAGAGAACUUGGAAGCAUCAUCCCAGUGUCUCGAGAUUCUAAGUCUUUCAGGUUUUGUUUUUUUUUGGUCUACAGCUGAUAGAGCCUGCUUUCAGAUAAUAUUGUUUUCAACACCAGUUGUUCCUUAUUUGUAAUUCACAUUUCUUUUUUCUCCCCAAAGGACCAGCAGCACUCUGGCAUUUUUCCUCUUGUCCCACCAAAUUGUAUUAUCAUCUUCCAAUUGUGUGCCAAAUUGAAAUAACAAUUCUAUAAAUAAACUGUCUGAAAAUA